AUGGCUUCAAACCCCGACAAUACCCCGUCCCCGUUCCCUCUCACGGCAGUGGAUCAGUCUGUCCUGGCCAUGACAGAUGACCAAUUCCAUCCACACACCUGGGAAGAACUGAAACAGGUCAUUGCCGAGCACAACCUCAGCAUACUCAAAAGGUGGCCUUCAGACUUGAGACGCUACAUCAAGUGGUCAAGCCAGACGAAGGCGACCUAUGGCAGCGUCCCCAAUUUUGUCAUGAGGGAGCGACUGAAAUGGACCCCUUUACCUUCGUCGACCCCGGAAACAGGACCCAGAUUCGCCGUCAAUAACCCUGUCCCUUUCGCAGAUGAGGCAGAUUAUAAGAUCCUGGUCAACGACUGGCCAUAUGGAUUGGCCCCUGGUAUUAGGCACAUCAUUGUGUGGCUCAAGACCCGAUUGGAAUCAGAGCCGACCAGAGGCGACAUGACACCCAGAUCAAGACAGCAAGUCGAGGAUUUCAUUCAGUCUACCUUUGUGGAUCGAGUCAAGGAUCUGCCAGGUGAGCAGGAAAAAGUUAUGUGGUUCAAAAAUUGGACGGCGUUGCAAUCUGUGCCGGGAAUGGAGCAUGUCCAUGUCUUAGUGAGAGACGUCCCCGACGAUAUCAUUCGAGACUGGACAGGCGGAGAUCAACCUAUAAAUAAUUAGACUGUGCAAUACGGAAUGAGGCGCAGCUCCAGGAUGAU